AUGCUCGACCUGUCGAAAAAGCUUGACAUAGUCGUGGUCGGCGGCUCCUUGGCCGGCCUUAUGACAUCGAUCCCAUUGAAACGCCUGGGGCACCGAGUAACCAUCUUCGAGCGCUCCCCGACACCAUUGCUACACGAUCAAGGCGCAGGUGUAGUCGCAGGCGGAGAAACUCAAGCCUUCUUUCACAAACACGACCUGUCAAAGAGGCCGAUUGAAGUCACUUCGCAAGCACGUUUCUACCUUGACCAUGGUGGCAAAGUGAUCGACCGCGAAGACCAUCAGCAACGCAUGACGAGCUGGGACUUGCUGUAUUAUGUUGGAAGGGCGAACUUUGAUGCCGUGAAGAGUGCAUACUUGGAGCAGGUCCCUUCUAAACAGGAUGGAGACGGGGAGGCAAGCUACGAGUAUGGCAGGUUAGUCACGGCAGUCCGUGACGUGGGUGACAAGGUCGAGGUGGUGUAUGAGCGGACCAGAGAGGGUGAGAGUAAGGACAAUGCUGGCCAACCCUUGACCAUGAUGGCGGACUUUGUGAUCGCUGCGGACGGGCCAUCGUCACAUACACGAAACAUGCUUUUGGGUGGGCAAGCCGCAGACAGGAAAUAUGCUGGGUACGUUGCAUUCCGUGGCACCGUGCCUGAGUCAGAAUUAUCGGAGGCCGCAGCAGCAGUUUUCGUCGAGCGCUUCACUUUCUUCCACGCCGACGGGACGCAGGCAUUGUCGUAUGCUAUUCCGGGGAAAGCCGGCAACCUAGACAAAGGCACACGACUCGUUAACUGGGUGUGGUACUGGAACGUCGACGAAGCGUCUGAAGAAUAUAAGGAGCUCAUGACCGACGUUGAUGGAAAUACUCAUCGCUUCACGCUACCAACCGGAGGCAAGAUGCAGCCGUACGUAUGGGACCGGCAGAAGAGUCGAGCCAAAGAAGUCCUGCCUCCACAGUUUGCUGAAAUCGUGGGCAAGACACGAAUGCCGUUUGUACAGGCCAUUACGGACGUUCAACCGCCCGACAAGGGGACCAAAGUGGGCAGGUUGCUCAAUGGCAAGGCUGUCCUCGUUGGAGAUGCGCUGGCCGGCUUCAGGCCACAUACGGCUGCGAGCACGAGCCAGGCCGCAUUCCACGCAUUGAUGUUGGAGAGAGUGUUCAAAGGCGAGAUCGAUUGGGCACCAUUCGAAAAAGACGUUCUUGAUUUUGCUUGGAGUUGGCAGCGAAGAGGUGUGAUGCUGGGGAAUAGGAGUCAGUUCGGGCACCAUCCCUUUGCUGACGAUAGGUCCCAGAAGAGUGCGCCAGUGCAGAGGUCGGACCUCUGGAUGCAGAAAAAGCAAUAACCCUCCUACUCUGUACCUCCCAUUUGGAGGUUCUGG